AUGACAACACCUACUCCUGUAAAUACGAGGGAGGGGUUACCGUAUCCAAUUACAGUGGACCAGCUGAUUGCCGAUGUCGGAGAUGAAAUAUCCAAAGGUGAUAGGCUCUUUGUGUAUAAGUUUUGGUAUAUUGUAGAAAUGGCUAACUCUCCCGAUGAUAGUGAUUCCACAGAAACGACAAAGAAAGUUGUGAGGGAAUCUAUUGAAUUUUUUGAGUCUCCUUUUGAAGGAAAGCUUCAUUCUUGGAAUGUGGAAGCUGGUACAGAGAUUGCAUCUCCCAAUCAGACAGUGUGUCAAAUCAUAAGACCAUGUAACCAUGAUAUAGUGUACGGUGGAUUGUGCACAAUGUGUGGUAAAGAAGUCGACGAAGUCGAGCAACAAGCCAUCGGCGGUGCCAAUUUAGCCAUCUCACAUACUGAUGUUAAUUUGAAAAUUAGUAGGAAAGCAGCUAGUGAUAUAGGUCAUGAUAUUAAGAAACAUUUAAGAAAUAGUAAAAAGUUGGUAUUAGUAGUAGAUUUGGAUCAAACUGUGAUUCAUUGUGGUGUUGAUCCGACUAUCGGUGAAUGGAAAAGAGACCCCACGAAUCCAAAUUAUGAAACCUUAAAAGAUGUUAGAAUAUUUUCAUUGGAGGAAGAACCAAUUGUACCAUUUAUGUAUAUGGGUCCAAAACCACCUUUAAGGAAAUGUUGGUAUUAUGUUAAAAUAAGACCAGGUUUAAAAGAAUUUUUUGCCAAAAUUGCCCCUUAUUAUGAAAUGCAUAUAUAUACAAUGGCCACAAGAGCUUAUGCUCUUGAAAUAUCAAAAAUUAUUGACCCAGAUCAUAGUUUAUUUGGAGACCGAAUAUUGUCUCGUGAUGAGAAUGGCUCCAUGACCCAAAAAUCGUUGGAAAGAUUAUUUCCCUCUGAUCAAUCCAUGGUUGUAAUAAUCGAUGACAGAGGUGAUGUAUGGAAUUGGUCCCCAAAUUUGAUCAAAGUUACUCCUUAUAAUUUUUUUGUUGGUGUAGGGGAUAUUAACUCCAACUUCUUGCCAAAACAGCAAUCUACGAUGUUACAGAUGGGUAGACGGUCAAGAACAAAAGUAAAAGAAUCAGAUGAUCUAUUGACAGAUAUAAUAGAUACAGAGAAAAUAUUAAAAGAGAAAAUUGAUGAAGAAGUGAAAAGACAAGAAGAAGAAUUGAGUCACCAAGAAGGCCCAAGAAAUGAUGAUAAACAAUCAACAGAAACUAAAGAGGAAUGGACUAAAAAAUUGGAGUAUUCAGCAUCCCUAGAAGUACAGCAAAAAAAUAGACCUUUAGCAGCAUUACAACAACAUUUACAAAAUCAAAAAUUGCUAAUUGAUGAUGAUGAUGAAUUAUUUCAUUUGAAGGACACAUUAGUUAGAAUACAUGAAACAUUCUACAACAAGUUAGAAGAAAGUCCGAACAAUGAUGCAAUGGUAGAUAUCAAGUAUAUACUUCCAGAUAUGGAAAAGAAAGUAUUUGAUGGUUGUCAUUUUGUAUUUUCUGGCUUAAUUCCACUAAAUACAGAUGUUCAGAAAGCUGAUAUUGUGAUAUGGACUAGUAAAUUUGGCGGAACCACAGAGCUUGAUAUAGAUGAAAACACAACACAUGUGGUAACGAAGACCCCUGGAACAUAUAAAGCUAGAUUAGCAAAGAGUUAUAAUCCUAAGAUCGAAGUUGUUCAUCCUGAUUGGAUAUUCGAGUCAUUAUCAUCAUGGGAACGUAUUGAUGUAGCUCCAUAUAGGCUGAUUGUUGAACAACCAGUCUCUCAUGAAGAUGUUGAACAAUUCAAGGAAAAAUUAGAAAGGUUGAGAAGAGAAAGGGAAGUUCAGCAUACUGCAAAGGAUGAAGAGGAGUAUGAUGAGUUUGCAGAAGAUUUAAAGCCGCCUAACCCUGCUGAUCUGUUUGCCAAUGGGGAUUCGUGGUUGAAUGAAGAAGAUGAAGAGAUCCCUUCAGAUGAAGAUGAGGAUGAUGAUGAUGAGGAUAACAAUGAAUCAGAAACUACCGGUAAGGGUAAAUGUACCAAGAGAGCAGCCCCUGAAGAUAUGGCUGAAGCUAAUACUAUCAAAAAGACUCACGUAGCUGAUGCAGAAAAUGUAGAAAGUGAUAGUGAUAGUGAUUCCGGUAUGGAAGAAGAACUUCUCAAUAUGUUAGAUAGUUAA